CCAUGAUUCGAGCAUCGCCUGUCGUCGCUUGUUGCAAUUCUUCCAUCGCCAAACUACGGAUCGGGCCCCUCUGCGCGAUCCGGUUUACCAUCAUGGCAUCCUUACGGAUACCGACUCUACGGCACCUCGCCUCUUGCCCCCUGCGCGUGGCCCGCCUCGCGACCCAGCGACGCUGGGCACAGGUGCAUGACGUGCGCUUCCUCACCCAGCAGCCUCCCCAGGCCGUGCUCGACAAGUACCGCUCCAAGCUCGAGCAAAAGGCCAAGCAGGAGGGCCACGACGGCAUCGACGGAUUGAAGAGCGCGUAUGCGGACAAGAUCCAGGCGCAGCGCAGGCAAGACGGCGUCGAAUUCCCCGCGACAAACUACAUACCGCAGGCUGGGGACACGCCCGUGACGCAACCGAACCGCGGCCCAUUGCCAUCCGACACGGCCUUUUCAGCCGAUGCUACAGCUUCCGGAGCCCCAGCGGCUGCCAAAGUUCCGACGGCGGGCGCCGACAAGCCGGCAGUCAAGACGCUCGACGAGAUACUCGACCUCGGAAAGGUCCGCGAGCUGCCCGAGAAGGAGCUGACGGCCAUCUGGCGCCUUCGACACGCCAACGCGCCGCAAAACAUUUGCGCCGUCAUCCCCACGGCGACAUACCAGGCCAUGGAAGACGUCGCCCGCAAGUCGCCCCAGUUCGUCUUGCCUGUGCCUCACGAGAGCCAGGGCGCCGAGAUCCACUUCCUCCAAUGGACCUUUGACGCGGCUUCCAAGACGAGCACCGUUCUCUUCACGCAGCUCGCCGAGUACAAGUCGAGAGGCGAGUUCGCGCAGCCGCACACUACCGUCACCCACCACCUCGACCUCGCGGGCGACAAGGGCCUGGUGCUGAUGCAGGGCCAAGUCAUGGACGGCCGGGGCAUUCAGCCCGAGCACGCCAAGUGGCUCGUCAUGUGCCUCCAGAGGUUUUACGGCGGUUGGGAGGGGGGUGAAGGCGAGCUGACGGGCGACCGGAAGGAGAGGGCAGACGAGAGAAGGAAACUGCUUGAGUGGUUCGCCAAUGGCGACUCCCGAUUCAGCGUUGAGAAGCUACUGGAGGAGGCUGAGCGCAUGGGCUAGACAUACAAGGCAGGGGUGGUGCAUAUACGAUAAAAGGCAUACACGGCGGCGCAUCUUGUACUAUAACGUAAAUUAUGUACAAUCUACAUCUAGCAUGAGUCCCAA